CUCAGGUUGGUGGUGGAGUUGCCAAGUGUAAGAGUUGCCCAAAUGAAGCUAAAUUGGCAUGCUUGGCUUGGUUGGAAGGAACAAAAAAGAAGAAGCAUGAUAAGGUUGUUCGUGAGCUAGGUUUGAGAAGUGAUGUUAAUGUCUCUUCCGGUGGACAACAGGAAGAAGACCUCACUUGUGCAGGUAGCUCUGAACCUCACAAGUUAGGUCCUAUAGACAAGUGGGCACGUGCCAUUGAUCCUAGCUUGUCUUCGAGUGCAUCAUUUCAGCAACAAAAGAUAAAUCAAGCACUUUUUAAUGAGAGAAAACUUCAAGUGCAUCAAUAUAUUGCAAAAUGGGUGUACACACAUGGUUAGUGCAUAGCUAUACCCUUUACUUCUUUCUUAGAUGUACAAUUUGUUUUUCUAAUUUACUCCUGAAUUUAUUUUGUAGCUCUUGCAUUCAAUGCCAUUGAGAAUGAUGAGUUCAAGCAAAUGGUUGAGGCUAUUGGUCAAUUUGGUCCUGGAUUGAAGCCUCCUACACAGUAUGAGCUUUGAGAGCCUUUGUUGAAAGCUGAGUAUGCAAGGACUAAGAGCUUGUUAAGUGAUCGAGAGGCGGAGAAGGAAAAGAAUGGUUGCUCUAUUAUGACUGAUGCUUGAACAGACAUGAAGAGGAGAAGCAUCAUGAACAUAGUCACACAUUGUGCUGAGGGAACCAGCUUUAUAAAGUCGAAGGACACAUCAGCGAUUUCUCACACAGGUGAAGUAAUUUUUGAGCUAGUGGACAAUGCAAUAGAGGAAGUUGGAGCUGAACAUGUGGUGCAAGUGAAGACGGACAAUGCUUCCAACAAUAUGGCAGGAAAGGCCCUCUUGUUGGAGAAGAGGCCGAACAUAUUUUGGAGUUCUUGUGCAACCCACACCAUCAAUUUGAUGCUACAAGGAAUCGGCAACAUACCAAGGUUCAAGAAAAUUGUAGAUCAAGCUAAGGGGUUCACCAUCUUCAUAUAUGGCCACCACCGCACCUUGGAAUGCAUGAGAUCCUUCACCAAAAAGAGAGAGAUCAUCCGACCAGGUGUGACUCGAUUUGCUUCUCAAUUUCUUACUCUACAAAGUUUGUUGGAUAAGAAAGAUUCUUCGAGGAAGAUGGUGGUGGAUGCGAAGUGGGAAAAUAUUAAGGAGACCAGUUCAAAGAAAGCCAAGGAGGCUUAUGACACGGUUCUUAGUGUUAGGUUUUGGAAUGGUGUGGAAAUUUGCUUGAAAGUCUUUGAGCCAUUGGUGAAGCUUCUCCGAUUAGUGGAUGGGGAUGUGAAACCUUCUAUGGGUUUUGUGUAUGGUGAACUUUUGAAGGCAAAGAGAGAGAUAAAGGAGGCGUUUAAGAAUGAAGAGCUUCGUUACAAAGAAGUCAUUGCUAUUGUGGAGAAGAAGAUGAGAGGCAGACUUGAUGCUCCAUUGCAUCUAACGGCAUAUCUUCUCAAUCCUCACUACAGUUAUGCCGACUCCUCAAUAUUUGACAAUGCCGAUAUUACAACAUCAUUGAUCACUUGUGUUGAGCAAUUCUACCAUGGUUGUGAUGAGGAUAUACAUGAUGAGGAGGUGAACAUAGAGUUCACAAAAUUUCAAAGGAAACAAGGACUCUUUGGAAAAAAGAUGGCAAAGAAUUGUGUAAACUUUGACUACAAUCCUGGUUAGUACUUCUUUCCACCUUUCCUUGUAACUUAUGAUUUAGUGUCGUUCACUAACUUAGAGUUAAUUAAUUUCUUAGUGGCUUGGUGGAGAAUGUAUGGAAGUGAGACACCUCAUUUGCAAAAGAUGGCUAUAAGGAUUAUGUCAUUGACCUCAAGUUCUUCUGCUUGUGAGCGAAACUGGAGUACUUUUGAGUAGGUUAGUAGUUUUGAAUUUGUGUCCAUAUGCUAUAUAGUAAAAGUAGAUAUUAGAUGGAAGCUUGUAUAAUCAAUUGUCCUUGCAGAU